AUCGGGAUCGAUAUUCCAUAAAUUAGUAACAACUUCGUGUACACCCCUGACCAGAAUAUCCAAUGAAUAUAAGUUAACUGCAGAAUCAUAAUAUUUUACACUAAACGAAAUGAUUCACAGUCUCUUUAUAAUUAACAGCAGUGGAGAUGUAUUUAUGGAAAAGCAUUGGAAGAGUGUAAUACACAAGUCAAUAUGCGACUACUUUUUUGAGGAACAAGGAAAGGCAGGGAGUCCAGAGGAUGUACCACCAGUGAUAGGAACGCCUCAUCAUUACCUCAUCAACAUCUUCAGAAACCAACUGUAUUUCAUAGCUGUCGUCACCACAGAAGUGCCCCCACUGUUCGUCAUCGAGUUCCUCCACAGAAUUUUUGACACAUUUGAAGACUACUUUACAGAAUGUUCAGAGACAGCACUAAAGGAACACUAUGUCAUUGUGUACGAGCUGCUGGAUGAGAUGUUAGACAAUGGAUUCCCUCUGGCAGUAGAGGCUAACAUCCUGAAGGAACUUAUUCGACCUCCAAAUUUCCUACGGACAAUCACUGACACAGUCACUGGAAAAUCUACAGGGGUCAGUGCUACACUGCCCACUGGUCAGUUGUCAAAUGUACCCUGGAGAAGGACGGGUGUGAAAUACACAAACAAUGAAGCCUACUUUGAUGUGAUUGAGGAAAUCGACGCCAUCAUAGAUAAACAAGGAAACACAGUCAUUGCCGAGGUCCAGGGAUAUAUUGACUGUUUAGUGAAGUUAAGCGGGAUGCCAGAUUUGACCCUGUCCUUCAUUAACCCACGUCUGCUAGAUGACAUUAGUUUUCAUCCAUGUGUUCGGUAUAAACGAUGGGAGAGUGAAAAGGUGUUGUCAUUUGUUCCGCCGGAUGGAAACUGUAGACUAGUCUCGUAUCACAUAGGAUCCAACAAUAUGGUCGCUGUGCCUCUGUACAUCAGACACAAUAUUCAGUAUAGAGAGGGAAGUGGAGGACGGUUUGAAGUCACAAUUGGACCGAAACAAACCAUGGGGAAAGUGGUAGAGAACAUAUCCAUGGAAGUGCCCUUCCCCAAGUCCGUUCUGAAUCUCACCCUGACACCCUCACAAGGAAAAUACACCUUUGAUCCUGUAGGUAAAAUACUCACCUGGGAUGUCGGGCGAAUGGAUACCACUAAACUCCCCAGCAUCAAAGGCAAUAUAAGUUUACAGAGUGGUCACCCCAUACCAGAGUCGAACCCCACAAUAAAUAUAAAUUUCACAAUCAGUCAGAUGGCAAUAUCGGGAGUCAAGGUGAACAGACUGGACAUGUAUGGAGAGAAAUACAAACCCUUCAAGGGAGUUAAAUACAUCACUCGAGCAGGAAAGUUUCAGUUCCGGACUUAAAACAUCAGUCUUAGUGUUGUGACUGAUGAACAACCUUCAAAUUGACAGACCAAUGUAAGAGUGAGAGAGUGAAAGAAAUAAUUACAGGCCUGGUUCUGUGGCAUUCAAGAAAGCAAGAAAACUUCCAGCAGCAGAUGGGCCGAGCUACAGACUUGUGUUCCUGCAGACUGCAAUAUAUAUCUUUGUAGGGAAUGCAUUCACUGGUAGAAGCUAGGACUACAGAUGAUCAAAGUUUUGUUUUAGCAAUGAAAAAUUUAAUUAUUUAUUUUGAUUGUUGAUGUACAUUGAACUAAUACUAUAUGUACUUCUGAUAUUAAAUGUAUAAAAUCAAUAA